GGAUUCUUUCCUGGUUCUCCUUAGACACUCUCUCUGCAUCACAUUUCUCUCAUUAGUGAUCAAAGCGAUCCUGUCGGCGACCAAUUUUAAAAUGAAGUUCGCUGCUUGGUUGCGCUCGAGAAAUUGAGUUGGCAGACAACGGUUGAAAUAUGAGGCGCCUUCAGGCCCCCAAGUAACGGCUCAGACAACGGACUUUCAUUUACGUUCAGGCCAUUUGACCCCUGCGAACACUAGGCACUCUUCUUAAAGACGGGUCUGCUCGCCUUUCUCGAACUCUGGACACAGUGCUCCCCUCACAAUGGCUGCAGUUCCUGCAACUCUGACCUUGGAUCCGAAUUCUGUCCCCUCUGCCACGAGAUCCGCGUGGUGCAGUACUGAGCUCUCGACUUGUUCUACUGUGUGUGGAAAAAGCCACCCCAAUGAUCUUUCGGGACAGCAGGCCUGUAGUUCGGCCUCUUGUGGGUCAAAAUCUGCUGCUGCUCUGUACACGGGUUCCGCCACCCCUUCCGUGUCUUUCCCAUCCACAAGCUCUCGGGCAACUUCCUCAUUCUCAUCGACUGCUCGACUGUCUACUGGCACAUCGGACCUGGGCAGUGCCGCGCGAGCAACUACCGGCCCGACCGGCACUCCUAGCCCGGCUAGUACAAAUGCACGUGUUUCGGGAACAGGAACUGCCAGCCCCAACGCGCACCCCGGGCUCUCUGGGGCUGCGAAGGCAGGAAUAGCAGUUGGUGUUAUACUUGUGGUAUGUCUCGUAAUCGGGGCGUUCCUCAUUUGGUGGAGGAAACGCAAUACACCUACUCCGGGAAUAACGCUCGACCCUGAGGGUAAAGAAGUCGUGAUGGGCGAGAACGGCAUGAUCCCGAAACCAGAGCUUGGUGGAAGCCAGGUGUACAAAGUCGGCGAACUUUCGGGGCAGGAUAACGGAACUUCGCCGAGGGUUCACGAACUUCAUAGCUCAAUACCCGCCGUAGUUCCUUCCCAGGUCUCUAAUACGUUCUCCAACGUACCUGCCGAAACACCCACUCAAUCCCGGAAGUUCUCCAAUAAUCCCCAUCACGAGCUACCAAUUGCGCAGACACCUCCAGUACAAUCUCCCGUUGGGAGCCAAGCCACACCCGACAGUCCACAGGUUAAUAUGCAUAUCCCCGAACCCAGAGCCGCUGCAUCAUCACCACCCUGGGUGAAUGACCCUGAGGAGAAUUUGUAUCUUGCAGCUGCUCCGGUCCCGCGCCAUGAUCGUCCGCUCUCGGAUGCGGAAAUAACCGCCCUAGAAGAAGAAGAAAGGAGGAUUGACGCCGAGAUUGAGGAAGCGCGAAGAAUAAAGGCGUUGCAGGAUCAGAAGUUAGCAAUUCAAAAACGGCUCAGAGAAGCUAAGAAUGGCAAGUAACAGUCGUGUGGACAAGACUAAGGAGAUGGCCGGGUCAAGCCCAAGCAUGUUGAGACUCUAUGGUUACCCUCAAGAUUACUUUGCCCCAAUCCCCCUGGACCGGACAUAGAUAGGAUCCACACAUUCCCCCUAUCAAGGUCUAUCGGACGCGAACGCCGAGGAUGUCUGCGUACAUCGUAAUAGCCUCAUACGAAUGAAGAUUUUCAAUCCACGUCGCCGCAUCUUUUGAG